UACUGGAAGGCUUUGGUGUGCCCUCCUCUGCCAGCACCAUGCAGCUCUCUCUUGCCCUGUGUCUCAUCUGCCUGCUGGUGCACGCGGCCUUCUGCGUGGUGCAGGGCCAAGGGUGGCAGGCUUUCAAGAACGACGCUACAGAGAUCAUCCCUGAGCUUGGCGAGUACCCGGAGCUCCCCCCAGAGCUGGAUAACAACAGGACCAUGAACCGGGCUGAGAACGGAGGCAGGCCUCCCCACCACCCCUUUGAGCCCAAAGACGCGUCGGAAUACAGCUGCCGCGAGCUGCACCUCACGCGCUACGUGACGGACGGGCCGUGCCGAGCCAAGCCGGUCACCGAGCAGGUGUGCUCCGGCCAGUGCGGCCCGGCGCGCCUGCUCCCCAACGCCAUCCGCCGCGGCAAGUGGUGGCGCCCGAGCGGGCCCGAAUUCCGCUGCGUCCCCGACCGCUACCGCGCGCAGCGGGUGCAGCUGCUGUGCCCGGGCGGCGCGGCGCCUCGCGCGCACAAGGUGCGUCUGGUGGCCUCGUGCAAGUGCAAGCGCCUCACUCGCUCCCACAACCAGUCGGAGCUCAAGGACUUCGGCGCCGAGGCCGCGCGGCCGCAGAAAGGCCGGAAGCCGCGGCCUCGCGCCCGGGGCACUAAAGCCAACCAGGCGGAGCUGGAGAACGCGUACUAGAGCCGGCUCGCCAGCCUCCCCGGCAGGCGCCCCCACCCGGCGCCCCGGGUCUCCGCCCCCUGCGCGCUGGGUCCGAUUGUUUCUCAUUGUAAAUGUCUGCAACAGGGCAGGGGGCUGAGAGCUGCCUGGCUCCCGCAGGCGGCGAGGUCCUGCCAAUCCCAGGUGCCCGCCAGUGCCCGCCAGUGCCCGCCAGUGCCCGCCAGGCCCCGCUCUCCUCGGCCGCCGAGACAGGGUCCCGCAGGGCCGGGCAGGGAGCCGGGAGUCACGGACACUGAGCAGCGCAGCCUCGGCCGCUCGGGCCCUGCCUUAGCCGGUCUCACAGCCGAGGAGACCAAAGGGGAAGUUUCUCACCACCGCGGGGGUUUUGAAGGAGCAACGGGAGUAAGCAAAGUCUGGGGACAAAGAAAGACCCCCUCCUCCUCUGCGCGGCAAAGAGCCUUUAGGGCCCGCUUGGCCGAGAACACGGGACUGGCAUCCGUGUUCUAGUCCCAGCUCUGCCACUAACUUGCUGGUGACCUUUAACGACACCUUCUCUUUCUGAACCUCUAUUUCCUCUCUUAGCGAAACAGAAGCGGGGGCGUGGGGGUGGGGGGCGGAGGAUAAAGAUCUCAAGCAAGCUAGUGUCUAAGAUUCCAAGGCUGGGCAGAGAGGAGAGGUUGGGUUGCAUCCCUGCCAGGGUUUCUCCAAGAAGCAAGAGUUUUGAUCCUCUGAUUCUAUAGCCAAAGAUGGAAAGCAGGUGUGGGGCGGGGAGCGAGGAGCUGUCUUUCUGCCUGACAAACUCCUGUGCUGUUUUCCCAGCCAGCUUCCCCAUAGGUUUGGCUACCUCUAUCCCUCCAUCACCAAAGAUGCAGAAAUAACACCAGCGAUCAGGGUAUAGAAGGAGAAGUUCCCAGGGUGGCUGGAGGGAUAGAAACUCCUCCUCCCCAUUCCCCAAGAACAGCCUCCACCCCCAGGGCCAGUCACCUUUCUGGUCAAGGUCCCAAGACACUGGGCUUGAUGUCCUCAAGGGAGCAGCUACCACCCAUUCAAAGAUGACAGAUCCCUUUAGAGGCAUCUCCUAUCCACCACUCAUGGUCACACUCUGCCUAGAAGGUAGCUUCUGACUGCUGUUACAUGUCAUGGCUUAUUUCACAGUAAAAUAAUAUUACCGGGGAAGAUUACAAGUGCUGUACAUAUGCUGAGAAACUGCAGCAUCUAAGAACUGCCUUCUAGAAAUCUUUUAAAUAAUCAUUUCCGGAUACUUCUCACUUUCUGCCUAGGUUUUAAUUAUUACUUUUUUAAACAGAAGCACAUGCCAUGUGAAAGUCCGUUGGGCUGGCUGUUUCUCUUUUUUCUUUUGCUUUUUUGUUGCUGUUGUUUGUUUUUCACUCCUUUUAUGUGAGAUUUGUCCAGAAGAAUGAACGUAGGGGUUUCUAAAAAGAGUUACAUUUCAUAUUUAUUUUCUCACUUAAGUUAUUUAUGCAAAAGUGUUUUUUCCCCCAGUAGAUAAUGACAAUGUUAAUAUUGCUUCGUGAAAUACCAGUCUGUUUUUCAGAAUCCAGAGGCAUUGUUAAUAAAGACAAUGAACCAUUA